AUGGCCUCUGGAAACGAAAGUUAUGGAACGCCGCCCGGACCACUGCAGAUCAAAAUGAUAAACGAAUUAGUACUUACAAUCCUCCUCGUGGUUUUCAACGUCAUUAUUGUAGGAGCCAUCAGCUUCUUUGGCAUUGUGGCUAACGUCAUCAACCUAAUCGUUUUUAUCAGACAGGGUUUUAAAGACACUAUGAACAUUUCUUUGUUCAGCCUGGCCAUUUCCGAUAUAGGGGCACUGACUCCGACGCUAUGGGCGACCGUUGGUUUUAACCCUUUAUUUGUAAAUGUUGAUCUGCCGUAUAAUGCCCAGGAGGUCGUGUACCUCACGGCAGGGUGGCCACACAUUUGCUUUUCACGUAUCUCUGGUUGGAUUACAGCCUUCAUAAUGCUGGAAAGAUGUCUCUGUAUUGCUGUGCCUCUGAAAGUUAAAACAAUGAUAACAGUAAAGAGAACAGUUAUCGCACUCGUUAGCAUAUACGUGACAAUGAUAGGUGCCAUGCUGCCAGUGUUUUAUGCCCUUCGUCUGGAGCCCAGAUAUUCUCCUCUAAAGAAUGAGACAAAGUUUAGAACCGUUUAUAUUCCAAACGGCUUUGCAAUAGAAAGUGUUGUAUUCUUGAUCUUUUCUUUCUCUCAGUUCAUCAGCUUAAGCGUGGUCAUCAUUUGCACUAUACUCCUUGUCAAAACCCUUAUUACCAAAUCAAAAUGGCGGAAGUCUACUUCCAGUUCUGGAGAUCAUGACUCCUUUUCAAAUAGAGACAAGAAAGUUGUGAAGUUGGUUCUAUGUAUUGCGAUCAUAUUCAUAGUAUGCCUCUUGACAGGUGCGAUUAUAAAUGUUGCACAAAGUUUAGAACCCGAAUUUAACAUAACAGGGAAAUACAGAGACCUGUUUGUGCUGAUCUGGUCAUUGUUUUCUUUCUUAUCGGCAGCGAAUUCCGCAGUGAAUAUCUUUGUGUAUUACAACAUGAGUUCAAAGUACAAGCAGAUCCUGGACAAAAUGUUCCUCCGAGGCACAGAGGGCUAA